AUGACGAAUAAUUUAUUCAAUUACAGCAUAAAAAUAGAAAAUGAGGAAUUGUCAUACAGUCCGAACGUUUGCUCAGCCUCGAAAAUUCCUAGGCCGCCGAACGCGUUUAUGUUAUACGCCACGGAAAAUAGGAAAGUGAUGUCCCAUAAAUAUCCCGCCGAUUCCAAUAAAGUCAUCAGCAAGAAAUUAGGAAGUAAUUGGAAGAAUUUAGGAACCGACGAGAAAAACAAAUACUUCGAAAAGGCGCGGGUCUUAGCUCUCGAGCACAAGGUGAAAUAUCCACAUUACGUGUACAACCCGAAGGAGGCCCGAUUGCGGAAAGCCAUGCGAGAGGCGACCAGCCGGAAUCGGUCGAUCGGCACGUCGCCGAUGCUCCAGCGUCCGAACGCCUGCAGAGCCGGUGCGACUUGGGGGACGCCCGGGACACCGGCGUCGGCCGCCGCGGCGCCGCCUCCGCACGGACCCCACGAGGAGCCGCUGAUAAUACAGCCGCCGUUGGGCCAAGGCAUGCGCGGUCCAGGUCUGGAUUCGCCCUGUUUUUCCAUGUCGACGCCGGGCGGUUACGCCGUUAAAAUGCAUCAGGACUCGCCGCCGCCCGCGCCCUCUCCCGCCGUGCAUCCCUCCUACAUGCAGCCGAAUCCGUUGAUGCAGCUCCAACAACAAACGGAAAUGUGGCACAAUUACCAAGAGGAUCUAAGACCCAGAUCGUCAGGUAAUCCCUACAUGAUGCCUGACAUGCAAUCGCCCUACCACCACCACCAGCCGUCGCCGCCGCUCAGCACGCCCAGUCCCCUGAUGAUGGACCAGCACCGUCAGACGCCCGGCCACUCCAUCCAUCCGAUCAACGCCAUAUCGAUGCCCAUCACGCCGCCGCACUCCAACUCCAUCAUGCCCAUGACGCCGCCCCAUUCCAACGACAGCCUGCCGCCCGACGAGCCGCUGCAGCUCAACGAGAAGCCGCCCCAAGCCGAGAACAGGGAGCCGGAGUACGGCUUGGGCCAGUGCCAGCAGGACGAGGCCAAAUUGAAGAAGAUUCCGUUUUGCAUAUGCCAGAAAAACCUGUCCUGCAAGAACACGCUUUACCUACCGUUGUCCUGCUCCAAUUUCUGCGCCUCUCCCGAUCUCUACUCCAACAAUCUGGAUUACCAGAAGGAGUACAUCGCCAAGUACUUCCACGGCCUUCCGGAGUACGAGGUGCACAAUUUCCGGGCGGAGGACGGGCUGUGCUUCCCCUACGCCUCGAGGAUCACCUUCGGGCACGAGCACGAUGUCCCCGGCGGCGAGGAUUGCCCGCAACUCAGCUUUUUGAAGACGGACGUCGGGUUUGUUCCUUUGACUUUCGACGCUAAUUAUUCGGACUAUUGGUCCGCCUUUAAAUGUUGA